CACUACACCUUUCUCGCGAUUCUUCUGGAUGGUUAACUUCUCUUAGUCUCUUGAAUACCUUGUACGACUAUAAAGGAUUUGACUUCGUGCCAAAGACUUCAGAAAACGUAGUCCAGCAAGAUGGGCUCCAAUAGCAUUGAGACAGGAGAGAUCCGCAAGUUCAGUGGCGUUGACUAUGCGGUGUUUAUUGUGCUGCUGGUGAUCUUUUCAGUGGUUGGUCUCUACCAUGCCAUUAACGACAGAAGAAGGAAGAAGGAAAAUCCCAAUGAGUUCUUGUUGGGAGGAAGAUCUAUGUCUGUUUUCCCGGUAGCUAUGUCCUUGACUGUCACCUUCAUGUCAGCGCUGACCAUCCUGGGGACUCCGGUGGAGAUGUACGUGUACAACACAAUGUUCAUGUACCUCAUGUUGGCUCUGGUACUGGCCAUGUGCAGUGCGGGAAUCAUCUUUAUUCCGUUCUUUUACAAGCUUGGUGUAACAAGCACCUUCCAGGUGGUCUACAUGAGCUUUGUACUGUAUGCCCCCUGCCUGGCCCUGAGCGCCGUGACAGGGUUGAAUCUGUGGGGGUGCGUGGUCGGCGUUUGCGUGGUUGUUACUUUCUACACCACACUGGGAGGCAUGAAAGCUGUAAUCUGGACAGACACACUCCAGUUUCUGAUCAUGAUAGCUGGCCUCCUGGCCGUGUUCAUCAAAGGCUGCAUGGAGACUGGCGGCUUUUCCGCCGCCUGGGACGUGGCUGAAAGGGAGGGAAGGGUUAAAUUUGAUGAGGCCAUCUUGGUCAACACCCCAGGCCUGGUGUCUAUCGUGCUUCUGACCUGUCUCAUCGGCAUCGUCGUGUUUUCCUUUUACCUGAACUGCGAUCCCAUAAAACUAGGAAUCAUAGAGAAAAGAGAUCAGCUCCUUCCUCUGUUCGUCAUGGACGUUCUAGGAGACCUGAAAGGCAUUCCUGGACUCUUUGUUUCUUGUACCAUCAGUGGGAGUCUCAGGCAGCUGAGCGACCCAGCAGGCGUUAUCCCUCAGGUGCACGGAGCCGUCCCUAUGGGCUGGUCACCUAAUCUGUGUUACAACACUGUACAGAGGGUCAUGGGUUAG